AUGUGGAAUGGUUGGUAUGCUGUUUGGUUUAGCUGUAGCUUUCUGGAUAUGUCGUGGGACGGAUUUAAGAAAGCGAUUAACAGAGCCGGUGGCUCCGUGCUCGUCAAAGAUGUGGAUAAAACCAUGGACAAGGAUUUUGACUCCGAGGAGAGAAGAUAUAAAACAUUGAAAACAGCAGGAGAAAACUUGCAAAAGGCGUCGAAAGGUUACCUAGACUCUUUGAGAGCAGUUACGGCAUCCCAGGUAACGAUUGCUGAGAUUGUAUCCAACUUGUAUGAAGAUCCUGGCCAAAAUGGAUCGAUGUACUCUACGUCAGGUAAUUUUUACCUCCAAUCCGUGCGUGAGCUUGACGAAGAGACCGUCAAACAAGUGGACGGUCCUUUCCGCGAGACUAUAUUGGAUCCCGUUACCAAGUUUGUGAACUAUUUCGGAGAGAUUGAUGAGGCUGUCAAAAAGAGAGCGCACAAAAAAACUGAUCUUGACCAGUGCAAGGCAAAGGUCAGAAGACUAGUGGACAAGCCUGCUAAGGACGCAGGGAAGUUGCCACGGGCAGAGAAAGAAUUGGCGAUGGCAAAAGAAAUAUAUGAUGAAUUGAACGAGCAAUUAAAAGCAGAAUUGCCCCAGCUCAUCAGCUUGCGUGUGCCUUUCUACGAUCCAUCUUUUGAGAGCUUGGUGAAGAUUCAGUUAAAGUUCUGCACCGAAGGCUACUCCAGACUCGCUCAAGUACAGCAACAAUUAGACCAGGCAAGCAGGGACGAGUACGCUAACGGUGUCUUGGAUAGCAAGAUUGAUGACUUGCUCACACAAAUGAACGGCUUGAGCAUUGCUAGUUUGGCCAAAUAG